UUUAUUUUUACUCCCAUGUCUUCUACAGCGCAAGAUCGAAUAGCUUUACGGGGUUCAAGCAGCCCGUGUGAGGGCCGUCUGGAGGUUUACCACAAUGAUCAGUGGGGUUUGGUUGGCCAUCAUAACUGGGUGGAAGUAAACGGUAAAGUAGUGUGCAAGUCUUUAGACUGUGGUGAUCAUGUGAAAUCUGGGAUUUUACCACAUACCUACCUGAAAAACCAACCUGAAAUCUUUUGGAUGGAUGAAGUCAAUUGUACUGGGAAUGAGGAAGGGCUCAUGCACUGCCCUUUCAGGGGCUGGAAUAACGCUUAUUGCCUCAGACAAAACUUUAUUUCAGUCAUUUGCUCAGGGAAAAUUUCUCUGAGUCUGGAACAAAAUGAAAUCACAAACGACUGUGCCGGUCUGGUCCAGUUCACGACACCGACCCGCAGAAUCAACGUGUGCAAAGAGAACUGGAAUGACGACAUAGGGAAUAGGCUGUGCAGAGAAGUUAAUUGUGGGACUUAUCAGGAACUGAUGCCCAGCAUAUUUAAAUCGAUCGAAAGUCCACACAGCGUGACACUAAAAUGUACCGGCAAUGAAGACUUCACGUGGCAAUGUGCGGCCAAUUCAGCAUGCGAAACAAAAAUCAGCAUCAUCUGCACACAACAUGAUCAUAUCCGUCUGCACGGUGGUCCUGAUGUCUGUGAAGGAUUUUUGGAGAAGAAGAGCAUCACUGAAGGAAAGUGGGUUAAUGUGAAUGAAGGAGAGUUUGAUUCCAACAUAGCUGAUAAGAUGUGUGCUAAGAUGACGUGUGGCCUUAGUGUGAAACCAGGCAAUAAAAGCAAGAGCACCUACCUUAAAUGCUCAGAUCGUGUCAAGAUACAGCUAGAAAACAAUAUGAAAACGCCAUCACAGUGUCAUGGAGAAAUCCGUGUAAAUGUGAAUGGCUCUCUCAGUGCAGUGUGUAGCAAAGAUACUACUUACAUGAAGAUUGCUGCGCUGGUGUGCCGAGAGUUACAGUGUGGAGUCGACAUUUCAACCACUGUGGUGAAUGGCUCCUUAAAAAAGGAAGGCAAAUUCAGUCUUAUUGGCUGUAAUGGACAGGAAAAAUCUGUGUGGGAAUGCUUGCACAAAGAUGACAAAGUUGGCAGUUGUCAAACCAUCAAUAUUGUAUGUUCAGGCUCUCUGGACAUGCAUCUGGUCAACGGUCCAGACAAGUGUGCAGGCCAACUGGAGGUGAAAUUUUCUGGUUCUUGGAGCACCAUAAGCUCUACAAACUGGACAAAGCAGAAUUCAGACAUGGUGUGUCAACAUCUUGAAUGCGGAGAAUCGAUGGAUAUCAAUCAAUACCACUUUGUCAUGAGCAGAUUACCUAUACUGAAAUGGAUUCUGAAUUGCACUGGCCGUAGCAUCUUGAAUUGUACCAUGGAAAAAAAUGAAAAUAUUCAGGAGAAUUCAGCUGUCAACAUCCUCUGCAACAAGCAUGAGCUCUGGUUUCUGCAGGGCAGCUCAACAUGUGAAGGGAAAGUGAAGGGUGAAACCAGUGGAUAUUUACAAAACAUAAACUUUACAGAAGCUGAUGAAGUGUGCAAAAGAAACCUUUGUCAAGGUGUGCAGAUCCACCAAAACAGUAACCACAGCAACAGCAUUAUAACACCAACUGUCUACCCUGAAAAUACAGCCUCAACCAACGGUUCCAUGAAUUUAACCACAACAAAACCUCCAGAUGUUUAUGUGAAAUGCUCAGGUUCUAUGGAGGUACGGUUGCAGAACAAGUGCCAGGGGAAGGUGCUGGUGUGUCCAAGGGACAACUGUGGGGUGUGUGCGGAGACGUGGACAUAUGAGCAGUCAAAAAUGCUCUGUGAAAUCCUGGGCUGUGGGCAAGUGAUCAAUAAGAUGUACAACGGGAAAACAGUGGAUGGAGUAACCGUGGCCAGUGUACACUGUUCUAAAACAGCAGAAAACUUCAGCCAGUGCAACUUCGUACAACUUAAAGACACUUCAGCGUCAUGCCAAAAGCCAGCUUACAUUGCCUGCACAGGGAGCGUGAAUGCUGUGCUGCAGGACCCGAGAGAUAAGUGCGCUGGAAUCCCGAUGAUAUUUUACUCUGGAGCAAAUUUCCCACUGUGUACAAACAGCAUGGACAAACAGACACAGGAUGAAAUGUGUGCAAACCUUGGCUGUGGAAAAGCUCUCAGUUUCAGCAAGUCUAUCAGAAGCUUAACAACAAGCAAGGGAUUGACACAGAUCAUUUGUCAAGAAAAAAAUAUUACUAAAUGUAACUUCUCUUCAACUAAAAUACAAACAUGUGAAAUUGGCCAUCUUAAAUGCACAGAUUGGAGAAGGCUGGUCAUCACCAACCACGAAGACGCCUGUAAAGGUGAAGUCUACCUCAAGAGUGAAACGGCUUUAUAUGCAGUGAGCAAUGAUAGUUGGAACAUUCGGGAAAGAAAAGAGCUGUGUAAAUAUCUCGAGUGUGGGAAAUUCUCUGAAAUUGCCAUUGGAGUAGAUACGGACAUGUCUUUAGUAGAUAGGAACAUAUCUUUCUCGAGCAGGAGCUUCAGUUGUCCUGAGAACCCUAACAGCAUCUGGGACUGUGAGAAUGAAAGUGCAUCUGUGAAGAAUUCACAUCAACUCUACAUCAACUGUACAGAUGAGCCUAAAAUGACACUUAAAGGCAACUGUGCAGGCGAGGUGUGGCUUAACAACGAGCCUGUGUGUUACAACUCGGAGAAGACAAAGCACGUCCUCCACGAGUUUUGUCAUAAGCAGGGCUGCGGCGCGUUGUUCAAAACCUGGUCCACCAAGUAUGACAAAAAUGCACGUUUCCUGAAAUGCACAUCAGAUGAAAGCAAGCUGUGGCAGUGCAACUCAGGAACGUCUCGUUGCGAGGCCAUCGUCUCGGUGGCGUGUGAAAAGGCACUGACAUGGAAAUUCAGCGAACCUUGUGGAGGAUCUCUUCAAGUGAACUACAGCACAGUUUGGAAACCUGUCUGUCUGAAGAACAAGAAUGAUGCAGAUCGGAUAUGUAGAGAUCUGAAAUGUGGAAACAGCCUUUUAUUUUCUGAUGAUGAAAAUUAUGAAAAUAAAGAAGUUACAGAUAUUAGUAUUAACUGUGACCAUGGCAGUAACAAUCUAAUGCAUUGCUUCAAAUCAGAAGAAGAGGUCUGCAAAAAGAAGGUUCAAAUUUAUUGUGAAGAUCAUCAUUAUGAUCCACCAAAUGGACCACAAAGUCCACCAACUGGACUGAUCAUAUGGAUUGUGAUGGGACUCAUGCUGCUAAUGGUGGCUUUGAUGGUUAUGUACUGGAACAGAAAAACUAUACGCACCAUAUUUGCAAGAUGCAAAUCUUCACCAGAAGACUAUGAUGAGGAGAUCAGCGAGAAUGAAAUGCAGAAUCUGAAUGAUAAAGAUGUGUUUGAAGUAGAUGACUAUGAUGAUAUUGCUGCCAAUGUGGAGGAUAACCAGAGUGAUGGCUCCUCUGAACAUGACGAGGAGGAUGCGAGCACAAGUCAAGGCUCCUCUGGGACCGAAUAUGAUGAUGUUGAUGAAGAAAAUGUCAUAAAAACAGCAGGCAGCAGCACCAUUGAUCCAGUCCUUCCACCCAGACCUAACAACUUACCUGACAAAGUGACGUUUGAAACUGAAGUGGAUCCAGAGGAGGGCUAUGAUGAUGUGAUUCGACCUCAAACAGCGGACAGUGGGCAAAGAGAAAGCGUCGAUAUCCCUGAUCCAUCAUCAGAUCCACCAUUAGCGGUGUGUAAUGAUGAGGCCGAGCCUCAGACAGAUGAAUAAUCAAGGUCAUUUUCUGUUUUUGAUAAAGUCACAUGAUACAGUACGUUCUGUUUAAUAGCACCGGCACUAGCAUGAACAGCCAGCAAAAUAUAUCAAUAAAAUAUGAAUGUACCUUAAUUGUAAACGCUAUUUGUAAAAAAUUAGCAAAAUUGUAAUUACGAGUUUUGAAAGAUGAUUAGGAAGUUUAAAAUCUUACUUUUUCUUUUGUAAUUCAUUUUCUAAAAUGUGUACAUAUAUGAUACCUUAAAUAGUGUCGUGUUAUUACCUGAAUAACCCUGAUCCAUCAUUUUAUUUUAAUCUGACCACAUUUUUUAAUACAUAUUGCUGUAAAAAGUUAUGGUGAUGCCAUUAUUAUUAUUAUUAUUAUUAUUAUUAUUAUUAUUAUUAUUAUUAUUAUUAUUAUUAUUAUUAUUAUUAUUAUUAUUAUUAUUAUUAUUAUUAUUAACAUUAGUUUGUACUCCAACUAUUAGACAAUAUCUGCUCAUUAUAAUGUUGGCUUUCAUCAAACUUGUUUUUAAAAUGUAUUUUUUGAAAGUAUAUCUUGUCGACUUUGCAUGUUUUCCUUAAUAAGUGAAUGAAAUAUAGUUUAAGGGCACAGAGAUCAAAUUGUCUUACAUUUUCAUGUUCAUAGUCCGCCUACAUUAGUGUCCACAAACUCUUUCCAACCGGAUUUUUCUUCACGUUUUGCAUUCCCAAAAUCCUAAAAACGGACA